AUGUCUCGCAUUCUGAAGGUUGCGGCUGCGCAGCUGGGCCCUGUCCAUCUCGAUACCCCCCGAGCGGAAACAGUGGUUCGUCUUAUCAGGCUCUUGAAAUCGGCGGCGCGACAGGGAGCAACAUUGGUGGUAUUUCCAGAGCUGGCAUUUACGACUUUCUUUGCGCGGCAUCUCUUUGAUGAACCCACACGCCUAGAAGCCUUCUUCGAACACGAUAAAGACAUCUCGCGAUCCAGUCCGACUAAGGCUCUAUUUGAGGAGGCGCAACGGUUAGGGGUUGAUAUUUGCGUGGGCUAUGCCGAGAAAACACCGGAAGGUAGGGCUUUCAACUCGGCCAUCUAUUAUUCUGCGAAACAAGACCGGGUGAUGGCAAAGUAUCGCAAGGUCCAUAUCCCAGGGACUCGUGAGCCUCUUCCUGACAAGGCGGCGGUCAAUCACCUAGAGAAACGGUACUUUGAACCCGGUGACCUCGGAUUUCAGGCUUUUCGUGCUCCAGGCAAAAGGCAAAACGCGGAUGGCGCAGGGGAUCCAAUCCUGGGAAUGCUGAUCUGCAAUGACCGGCGAUGGCCUGAGGCGUGGCGUUGUUAUGGUCUUCAGGGAGUCGAAGUAAUCCUUUGCGGAUAUAACACCCCGGCAUAUAAUCCUCAUUUCUGGGGCACGUCGAAGGCCAUGAGCCCGGAAAUUGCGAAGAGCACUGCCAUUGCGCAGCAUAAACUGGUUAUGCAGGCCAACAGCUACAUGAACAGCUGCUUUUCCAUUGCCGCUGGCAAGGCCGGGCUAGAAGAUGGACAGUAUGAGCUCAUCGGAGGGAGCUGUAUCGUCGGCCCGGAAGGUCAAAUACUGGCCGAAGCAGCGACUACCGACGACGAAGUGAUUUGUGCAGAGAUUGAUUUGGAUGAGUGUCGCCAAGGGAAAGAACAUAUAUUCAACUUUGCGCAGCAUCGCAGGGUGGAAACAUAUCGGCGCGUUGUGGAUCAGGUUGGCGUCACGCAGCCUGAUUCCUGA